AAGUAACACUCGUCUUCCUCCUCCGGGUUUCUGGUAACAUCACAUCACUCCUGCAGAAACUAAGCGAGCCGGAGAACAGAGGCGAUGGGAUUUCAAACCGAAGACAUGACGACAUACUUCUAGUUGUGUUAUUUCCCUCGUCAGUGUGCGUUGUGGAACGAGUUUGCACCCAUUGCUCUGGAUGCUGAGAUGCGCAGAAAGUGACAGCGGUCCUCAUCUCUUCGACGACCCUCGACGACUCAGAAAGCGCCAUGAAAGACGACUUUGCAGACGAGGAGGAAGUACAGUCUUUCGGAUACAAGCGGUUCGGGAUCCAGGAGGGCACCCAGUGCACCAAGUGUAAGAAGGAAUGGGCGCUGAAGACCUCCAUCGCUCUGCUCUACGUGCUGUGCACUCUCCUCACCAUCGCCGUCGCUGUGCUCGGCUACAAAGUCGUGCAAAGAGUGGACAACGUGUCUGAAGGUAUCGCAAACUACGGAGGAAAGAUAAUUGCCGUUGAGACAGAUUUGAAAAAGCUCGAUGAUCGAGCAGGGGAGAAGUCGGAGAAUACCACCACAGAGAUCCAGGCUUUCAAGAACAACAUCUGGGCUCUCCAGAGGCAGCUGUCUGCGGUGGAGGAACGCGUCCACAGAGAUCAAGUUAAGCUGACUCAGCUGCAGAACAUCGACUCAGACAUUCAGAACAGCCAGGGCUCCGUUCGGGGACUUCUGGAGAGCAACACAGCCGGCUUGCACACGGUAAAUGGCACCCUGCAGUCUUACGGCGGCAUAAUCGGCGGUCUGCAGCAGGACACGGCCCGGCUGCAGAAAGAACUCCAGCAGCAGGUGAAGCUUCAGGACCGGGCGCUGCUCAGCAUCAGCAGCCUCAACUUCACCCAGGCCCAGCAGAGAGGCCUCAUCGCCGUCCUGCAGCGCUCAGUGGAUGACACCACUCAGGCCAUCCAGAAAAUGCGCAGUGACUUCCAGGGCCUCGAGCAGAUGGCGCGACAGACGCGGUCCGACGCGGAAUGGCUCCGCAGUAAGGUGGAGAACCUGCAGGUCAUGGCCAGCAAUGCCUCGACUCUCGCAAAGGCCAACAACGACAGCCUGGAGGAGGUGGGAUCCCAGCUGGCGUUUGUGGCCAACCAGCUCCAGAACACCAGCAGCCUGGCGGACGCUCACGACCAGAGGCUGAGGGAGAUCCUGGACGAGCAGAGGGACUUCGGUAACCUCACGUCCGUCAAGUUUGAUCAGCUGGAGGUGCGGCUGGACGAGUUCGAGCAGAGCGUGGACCGGGUCACCGGCAACAUCAGCUUCACCACGCAGCUCCUGGGCGCCAUCAACCUCAACCUGAACGACCUGCGCACCUGUUCCGAGACCGUCGGGCGCCACUCUGAUCUCUUGGUGAACCUGAACAGCAGCGUGACCGACAUGAGGACAGACGCAGGGAGUCUGAGGUCCCAGCAGGACGAGCUGGCGGCACGCGUAGACAAGGAGGUCACCAGCCUCUCUAUUGUCAUGGAGGAGAUGAAGCUGGUGGACACCAAGCACUCGCAGCUAAUAACCAACUUUACCAUUUUACAGGGUCCCCCUGGUCCAAGAGGACCAAGAGGGGACAAAGGACCCCAAGGAACAUCUGGUGGGCCUGGCCAGAAGGGAGAGAAAGGGGAAAAGGGUGUUCCAGGGAUAAGGGGCGGCAGAGGAGAGCAGGGUAUCCCUGGAGCACCAGGUCUGCCAGGGUUGAAAGGAAUUCCCGGCGUGCCUGGUGGCCCCGGAUCGAAGGGCUCCCGAGGGUCGGGGGGAAGGGCCGGACCUUCUGGGGCCAAAGGAGAGCCCGGUACUGCCGGUCUGCCUGGAAGAGACGGGCAGCCUGGUCCUCAGGGGGCACAGGGCCCACCGGGUAUCAGAGGAGCAAUGGGGUCACCCGGCGAGCAGGGGCCGAGGGGACUUCCGGGACCAAUGGGGGCGCCGGGGCCGGCGGGAUCACCGGGACAGCCAGGGCUCCCCGUCCAGGCUCCAGUACAUCCUCCUGUGUCUCUGCAGGAUGAAGCGGCAGCUCCCUCCCUUUGGGCGCCAGGAUGCCCUGUGGAUUGGGUCAACUACAAAGGCAAUUGCUACUUUUUCUCCAAAAACAUGCAGAACUUUGACGAGGCGAAGACCAGCUGUGAAUCCACGUCUGCCUCGCUGUUGAUCAUCAACGAUCGGGAGGAGCUGACAUGGCUGAAGAAGCAGACCUUAGGAAAGGGAUACUUCUGGAUGGGCCUGACCGACCGGGAGGAGGAGAACGUCUGGCGUUGGCUGGACGGGAGCGAACCUGCUUUCACGAAUUGGAAGCCCGGGCAGCCGGACGACUGGGGCCACGGACACGGAACGGGGGAAGACUGCGUGGGACUCAUCCACGAGGGGCUGUGGAAUGACGCCUUCUGUGAAGAUCAAAUAAACUACAUCUGUGAGAAGGAAAUGGAGACCAGUACGUCCGCCUCGGCCCUCUUCUUCAUCCUGAACUUUCCCCGGGUUCCCUCCCUAGAGAGUUUCUUUUAA